CUUCACUUCGACAUCGCCUUUCCAACCCACGACAUCGAGUACAUGCAGGACUCCUCUUACGGGAUCCAACAGACGCCCCUGUCUGAUGCCAAUCUCGACAAGCCGGCCGCAAACGAGGAACUGACCGAAAUGACCAUCAAAUUCCAGCGCAAUCCUUUACAAUGGGAUAUCUACGUGAAGCGUGAUGAAGGCAUUCGUGUUCGUGAUGUUUUCGAGGCGAUCUAUUCAGCUUUCGACAAACUGCUCACUCCCCACGAGAAGAGCUUGAUCCCGCACUACCUCCAUGCGGGGUGUGAGGAAGCAUUUAGGCUUCGCUGCAACCUUGCGCCGGUUCUUCCAUUAAUGCAAAAAAUCCAAGGCUGGAAGCGUGUAGACGCACUUCUGCACGAGACCAUCUUCCGCGGCUUGGCUCAGUCGAAGCGAGGAGAUUGGACAUUAAAUCUC